AUGGCCAAAGAAAGGGCACUGACAAAGUGCUCGGGAAAGAGCGAACAUUUGGAGAACCUCACCUCUUCCCAUUUCCAGCGUGGUCCCGCGAUAUGCUUGAGUUCUACGAAUCUUACCGGUGGGCAAAGGAUAAAGCUACAAGUAAUCGUGGAACCGCUUGUGUACCGUCCUCGAAGCAGGCCAUGGCCCCCAGCGAGGCAGUCCAGAGGUGCUGAGCACACCUACGGCGUACAUAUCACAUCAGACGCUGCUCGAGCAUCCAGACCCGGUCCAUCACCACAAGAACCAGGGACUACCAAUGGCAUCUCUAGUCGCUUGACAGCCACGGCGCCGUUGCAGGAGCCGGCAGUCUCGCCGCAAUUCCGUGAUGAGUCUGCGCCACCGGCGAUGGACUAUUCUGCGAAUGUGUCUAGGGCCAUUGCCCCCAAGCAAGCUUCAAAACCGAAGAUCAGCCUGUCUAGGUCGGGCUCAGGAAAAUGCAAGUCCAUCUUGCCACUCCUUGGUGUCAAUCCUGCCGACUCCCGAGAAAUGUUAGGCGUCCUGGCUAUGUUGGGGAUAUGCGAUCAGGAGCUGAAGUGCACUGCGCUUCACCAUGCGAUUUCUUUGGCAUACGUCUUGGGAUGCAUCCAAAUCGCGCGGUACGCCAGUCGCACUGGAUCACAGCCACAGCUGCCUGUCGAGGUUAUGGCUACAUGA